AUGGUGCUUGACACUGGAUCUGCGGUAGUUUGGGUGCCUUCGAUAACAGCCAGUGCAAUUUGGACUAAGCAUAACCUUUAUGAUCCAAGCCAGUCUGAGACAGCGAGUCUCAAAGAUUCUCCGUUUAGAAGGACCUACGGUACGAAGGUGAUCAAAGGACGGAUUUUCGAGGAUCGGAUAAAGGUAGGCGAGUUAACCUUUGAAAGCUUUGCAUUUGGUGCGGCCGAUGAAGUCGUAGAUUACCCCAUUUACGAGCACUUUGACGGAGUUUUGGGAAUGGCUAUCAAAAGUGAGCAUGAAGGAAUGCGGCGCACAUUUCUCGAGCGUUUGGCCAACCGGAAGUUCGGUCUAUUCUUUCGAAGCGGGGAAGAAGAAAGUAUCAUGGUCGUUGGUGACGAAGCCGAAAAAUAUAUGCCAAGAGAGGCUUACCAAAUUCCGUUGACAAGUGAAAGCUAUUGGACCGUAAAAUUCCACUGGAUGUUUGUGGGUAGAGUGUCCUUCAACAUGAAUGGCUACCGAGCGGCAUUGGAUACUGGCAGUAUUGUUGCUGAAUUACCUACUCAUAUUAUGGAGGCAAUUGACAUGGAGCUAAAAGUGACUGGACUUCAAGGAGUGCUGCACCAAGUUGACUGCUCCAAAAUCAAAGAGCUUCCUGCAAUUGAAUUGCUUGGUGACGAGGUACAACUGAAAAUUCUUCCUUCACAGUACAUAUUACAG